UUAAUUUUAUUUUAUUUUAUUUUUAUGGUGAGAAAGAACAGAGGUAACCUUUGGGUGUCGUUGUAUCAGUAUCUAUAUAGAAGAGUGGAAGUGAGAGAAGAAGCAUUAAUUGAGAGAUUGAAAAUGAACGGAUUAAGAAGUGAACGAGCUCCUCUCUUGGAAUCCCAGCGUGGCGGACGAGGAAAGAGGGAUGGUAGCUCGGAAGAUCAAGUCUCAGACCUUGAACACGGUGACGCAGUGCCGGCGGCGAAUGUGGGAUUCUGUCGAGUGUUUUCACUCGCAAAACCUGAGGCUGGAAAGCUGGUGAUCGGUACUGUGGCUCUUCUGAUUGCAGCCACAUCAAGUAUCUUAGUUCAAAAAUUUGGUGGGAAGAUAAUUGACAUUGUCUCUGGGGAUCUCCGGACUCCGGAGGAGAGAGAUGAAGCUUUGGAUGCUGUUAAGAGCACCAUACUAGAAAUCUUUCUGAUCGUUGUCUUUGGAUCAAUUUGCACUGCACUUCGAGCCUGGCUUUUUUAUACUGCCAGUGAAAGGGUUGUUGCACGGCUGAGAAAGAAUUUGUUCAGUCACCUUGUAAACCAGGAGAUAGCUUUCUUUGAUGUUACUCGAACCGGGGAACUUUUAAGUAGGCUAUCUGAAGAUACACAGAUCAUAAAGAAUGCUGCGACUACCAAUCUUUCUGAGGCCCUGAGAAACUUUUCAACUGCAUUUAUUGGUUUGAGCUUCAUGUUUGCAACGUCAUGGAAGUUAACGUUGUUGGCUUUGGCUGUUGUACCUGUUCUUUCCGUUGCUGUUCGCAAGUUUGGCCGUUACCUGCGUGAACUUUCUCAUAAAACUCAAGCUGCUGCUGCAUUAGCUUCAUCAAUUGCGGAGGAAUCCUUUGGUGCAAUAAGAACAGUAAGAUCAUUUGCCCAAGAAGAUUUUGAAAUAACGCGCUACUCAGAGAAAGUUAAUGAAACACUUAAUCUUGGACUUAAACAAGCUAAAGUUGUUGGACUCUUUUCUGGAGGCCUUAAUGCUGCAUCUACACUUUCAGUUAUUGUAGUUGUUAUAUAUGGAGCUAAUUUGACAAUCAGGGGUUACAUGUCCUCUGGUGAUCUUACAUCUUUCAUUCUUUAUAGUCUCUCAGUGGGUUCUUCUAUAUCUGGUCUGUCAGGAUUGUAUACAGUAGUUAUGAAAGCUGCAGGUGCUAGCAGAAGGGUAUUUCAACUUUUGGAUCGUACCUCAUCCAUGCCCGAGCCAGGAAGUAAAUGUCCACUGGGUGAUCAAGAUGGGGAAGUAGAACUAGAUGAUGUGUGGUUUGCCUAUCCAUCACGCCCUAAUCAUCCAGUGCUCAAGGGCAUUACGUUGAAACUGCAUCCUGGAUCAAAGGUUGCUCUUGUUGGUCCAAGUGGUGGUGGAAAGAGUACAAUUGCGAACUUAAUUGAAAGAUUUUACGACCCAACCAAGGGAAAGAUUCUACUGAAUGGGGUUCCUUUGGUAGAAAUAUCACACAAGCAUUUACACAGAAAGGUAACUUGACCACAGUUUUUUUUG